AUGGCUCUCGCGCUCCUGUCACCCUUCAUUUGCAGUGAGUGGGCGCUGGCUCCAGUCCUCGUCUGCCUCUGGCCCUGCCUUCACCUGGCCUGCCUGCCUCUCCUGAGCUCCCCUGACAGCUGGCUGCCACCAGCACUAGUACCGGAGGAGCAGACAGAUGACAAGUCCUUAGGCUCCACAAAAGCAUGCUCCCCCUCCGUAAACAGGACCACUCUGCCCCCUCUUUCUUCACUUGCUCCGCACACCAUGAUCCCGUGUCUCCUGCUCGUCCUCCAGUCUGUCUCUGGUCACUGGAGAAGCACCUGA